GUGUUUUGUCAUGUGACCUUGACACUGCUCAGUUUCCCUGUUUCGCGGUGCCACAGGCUCCAAACUGAAAACUCUUCGUUUCUCUUUGAAAGGCUGCGUUCACAGCUCUGAAACUACACUCGGGCUUUUGUUUACUUCAGUUUAUUUAGCGUAUCAGGCUUUGUACAGGUGUUACAUGUCAGACUGUGGCACACUCACAGCCCCAGCGGCAUCCCGGCAGGCCUCUCUGUUCACCGUGUGAGCAUCAGUCCUCACGCCGCGGUUGGGUGGGUCCAGCUCGGCCAUAGAGGCAGCAUGUUCCCGGUGCACAGCUAGCCUCAGCUACUAAAAGCUCCAGAAAGGGAUGAAUCGCAUCGGUGGUGAAAGUGUUCAGCUUGGAUGUGACCGCUAACGGAGUUUGGCUGUCAGAAUGAACGGCACUCAGCAGAGUGAUACCAAGAGGCAGAACCUUCUUGAGAGGCUGCUGGAUGCUGUCAAACAGUGCCAAAUCCGCUUUGGAGGAAGAAAGGAGAUUGCCACAGACUCAGACAGCAGGGUGAUCUGUCUGUGUGCCCAGUUUGAAGCGGUGCUGCAGCACGGCCUGAGGAAGAGUCGAGGCCUGGCCCUCACCGCCGCCGCUCUCAAGCAGGCUGCCGGCUUCAGCAGCAAGGUCGAAGCAGAGUUGACUUUCUGGUUCUAUGUGAAGGAGCAUCUGAACCGCCAUGAGCUCCAGCGGUUUUACUCCUUACGUCAGAUAUCCUCAGAGCUGGGUCGAGGUCGUGCCUGGCUGCGCUGCGCACUCAAUGAGCACUCACUAGAGCGCUACCUACACACACUGCUGGCUGACCGACCACGCCUGGGAACUUAUUAUGAAGACUGGGCUUUCAUUCUCGAUGAAGAGAGAGCGAGUAUGCUCCCCACUAUGGCUGCAGGUCUGAACUCCAUCCUGUUCGCUAUCAACAUCGACAACAGCGACCUGAACGGCGGGGUGACCCGUGGAGGGGGAGGCUCCUCUGUAUCCCACCUCCUCAAGGAGUCCACGCAGGGCAUCGGCAGCCUGUGGAAGGAGUCGACUCAGGGGGUCAGCAGCCUGCUGCGAGAGAUCAGCACCGCCACGGCCGUCGUGCCCGGCUUCACUCCGAGAGCGGACGGAGCCUCGGACCCGCUACCUGUCCUGCCACGCAGCACCUCUGCUGACUCGGGGCUAAGGAAGGAGCGCCGGAGGAAAAAGAAAAUCACCAACAUCAUUUCCUUUGAUGAUGACUUGGAUGGAGGGGCGGAGGACGAGGAGGAAGGGGAGGAGGACUCCCAGAAGACGGUCGCCAUGAGGAAGAGCCACACGGCUCCAGCUCAGAACAGCGUGGAGGAAGGAAUAGAUCCUUUGGAGCCAGUGUACUCCGAGUCGCCGGCCCAGAACGGCCUCGCUGAGCCGGGCAUAGUCAGUUGGGUGGGGUCUCCACAUCCCUCUCGUACUCCACCCUCCACUACGCCUCCUCUGCCUGACAGUAAAAGUAUAGACAACGAGGAGGAGGAGGAAGAGGAGGAGAUGUACAAACCCAGAGCACAAACCCAGGAGGAGGAGAGGCUCAGCUCUGAUCAGGUGGUGGUGGGCAGCCUGUCCAGCGUGUCCACGUGGAGCCCUCUACAAGUGAUGACCGACCACAGCAGCUCAGACAUCCUCAUUCCUCUGAACCCCACGGACCCUCAGCCAGUGAGUUCAGUGGAAGACACGGCUGCAUUUCCUGCUCAGUGUGAGUCAACGGCACCGGUGGUCAACUGUGAGAGCAGCAGAUCGCUACCAUUCAACAUGGAGUCCAGUCCAUUGACACAGCCUGCUCCACUCUCCACUGUGCUGCCGACAUCUGGUCUGCCGGAGUCCAUGACAGUGGUGGAACUGCGUCAGGCCAUUGUAGCCAUGAUGAACAGGAAGGACGAGCUGGAGGAACAAAACACGUCUCUUCGCAGUCUGCUGGAUGGGGAGAUGGAGCACUCAGCAGGCCUGAGGCAGGAAACUGAUCUGCUGAAGAGGAAGCUGGCAGAGCUCGAGGAGAGACACACAGCCAAGGUCCAGGCGCUGGCCAGGGAGAAUGAGGUCCUGAAGGUCCAGUUGAAGAAGUAUGUGGGGGCGGUGCAGAUGCUGAAGAGAGAGGGAAGCCAGGGCAAUGACGAAAUACCAUUUCAUUUCAACCAUUCAAACCCAGUCUUCUCAGCUCUGUCAGUGUUGCGGUCCAGUGAAGAACAGGCCCCUGUCCCGCAGAACAAGUUCAUGGGUGACAUCGAGGAGCUGGCAGCCAGCUAUGAACGCAAACUCAUAGAGGUUGCCGAGAUGCACGGUGAACUGAUAGAGUUUAAUGAGCGACUGUACCGUUCCCUCAUGGCCAAAGACCACCUCAUUGUCCAGAUGAGACAGGAACUCAUUGACCUGAGAGGACCGGUUCCAGGUGAUUUAAGCCAGACUUCAGAUGACCCCAGUCUGUCAGAUUUCGAGACGGCUCAUCGCGCUCUCAUCAAUGUGUGGAUCCCCUCCGUGUUCCUGCAGGGCAGAGCUGCCAACGCCUACCACGUCUAUCAGGUGUACAUCCGUAUCCUGGACAACGAGUGGAAUGUAUACAGGCGUUACACCGAGUUCAGGGAGCUUCACAACCACCUGAGGACCCAGUUUCCACAGGUGGACACCUUCAACUUCCCACCCAAGAAAGCCAUAGGGAACAAGGAUGCCAAGUUUGUGGAGGAGAGGAGGAAGCAGCUGCAGGGCUACCUUCGCAUGGUGAUGAACAAACUGAUCCAGACACUGCCGGAGUUCACAGCCCGCCCCACCAAAGAGACCCUGCUGUCUCUGCUGCCUUUCUGUCUAGACACACCCCAGGCCAACGAUGGUGGAGCCAAGACGCCCCGGUCCAAAACUUCAUCCCGUUUCCCCAGACUGGGUCGCAGUCGAAACCAGGAAACCAGACCUGAACCCCAGAGUGGCGACCUUUAACCCAAGAGCCUUUGAACUGAUAAUCUCUCAACGUACAGGCCGAGGACGACGGUGUUACUGUGGCUCACAGUGUGUGAGGACAUUAAGGGCAUCUAAAGGACCUUCAAAGUCUUAUAGAUAAAAAGCCUCAGUUGAGGAGGGGAGAUGGAUGUGUACACAUCGCAGGUCUCUUUGGGAGAUAUGUAAAUGUUUCUGUUCAUUGCCUGGCUGAGUAAAGGAUAAAUGAGUUCCCCGAGGCUGCCUAUCGAUGGACCCAAUCAUACAGCACCUCUUACCUCACUGAGAGACAAAAACACUCUCCAUAAACUGCACAUGAACUAGCCAGGACUGCUCUUUCACAUCUCAAACACAAUGAGAUGACGGGGACGUUUUUUUUUUUGUUUUUUUUCUUACUCCGCUCAUUUUUGUAGUGAAAAGCGUAUCAUGGUGCCUACAGUGUUUUGUAGCUGCUUUCCUGCUCUGGACAGGGUGGGGCGGGUCUGUAGAGGGGUGAAGAGUGGGGUAGAUUAAAGUAUUCUCUUGGGGAAUGAAGAUUGUUUUUCAGCUAAUGUGUCAGCAUUAUUGUGCCAUUAUUACAUUUUAGACAACGAUGACUCGCAAUCUCUGGCGUGGACCACCAGGCAAUGGGCAUUCCUUUUUUCUACUUCUGUUAUAUUAUUACUACAGCUAUUACAGAUAAUCUGCUGGAACUGUAACAUAUCUUAAUGUCACCAGGGAUGCAGUGAUUAUCAAAAAUAUCUUUUUAAAUUCCACAUAAUGAUCAUAUUAAAGGAUUUAGGGUUAAGCACCACUAAUAAAACCAAAAUCCUCGUAUGAAAAUUAUUAGAAUGAGGAGGAAGUGGUUGGAGUUUAUAUUUGACAAGAUUCUCCCUCUUCUCUUUUUUUCUAUUUUUUUCAUUUUCUUUGGACACCCACCAACCUUGACUCAGAAAACAAUAUACCAGAAUAUAACAUUGAGGUGGGAGGACUCAUUUAUGCAGUAGUAAGUUAAAGAGGCAAAGCAAAAUAAUUUAAGAUUGUGUAAUCUAAGGUAGAGCUUUUUAAUAAAGUUCACAUAUAUUCACUUAUCCUUUUCAGAGCCACAGGGGGCUGAAGCCAGUCCCAGCUGGCAUUGGGCAAGAAGUCUCCCUUUCAUCACAGGGUAGAGAUACAAAAUCCAAAUUAAUAACAUUGGCUGAUUUUCUAUUGCAUGGACUAAAGUAACAGGGAAAUGACAGUUGGUAGACAUACCAUUAAUCACAAAUAUCAGUAAAGAUACACAUGUAUUUGGGUUUUAUAUCCAUAUAACUUAUUUUCUUUUAGCUAGUUGACAGUGAUUUUAAAAAAUGAAGUCACUCAUUGGUGGACAGGUGGCACACAUUAAAUCCAUCAUUUGUGACAAUUUAAGUGUUUCUACCAACCCUCCCAUCAGCAAAAAUGUUCUGACCUACAGUACCAUCUCCCCCCUAAUCAUUUUUAGACAGUCCCUUAUUGAGAAAGUCAUACAUCAAUAUACAUUGUUUACUCUCAAAAAGUAUAUAUUACUCAUAUCCACAUGUCUAAGAUCAGUUUACGUAACCGCUGCGAUGUGUAUGGUAAAUUCAUCUCGAAUAUUUCUGAGCAGAAAGGAAGGAAAACACUAUUUUACCACUAAAAAUAGAUGGUGAAGCUGUACUCCCACUUUAUCACAUGGAAAAAAAGGUCUUAAUCAAAGGUCAGUCGGCCAUACUGAAAAAUUCAAUGUUUAAAGAUUAUUUAACUAAUGUGUCUUAGCAGGAUUUAAUGUAGCGUUAUGCUGCAAAUGAAUGUUUAAACGAUGACUAAACACUUGAAGAAAAGCUGCUUGUUAGAGUGUAAGGAAGGGGCUGCCGAGCAUCAAGUGUGUGUAAAACAGAAGCUCAUGCAUAUGUAUGGUUUGCCCAAGAGUAGUCACUUUGUUCAAACGGAGGAACGAUUGUGUAAGGAAUGGUUUUGGAAAACUUGAAUCGGUCGACACGUAGGACGGUAAACACUGUUCACCGGCUACAAGGGAAGGAGAACAAACAAGGCUUGUGGGUUUUAAUUGAGGUGUAAGGUUUAAACCCUUACAAGUAUCCAGUUACUGGUAAACGCUGUGCAGUGUUAGGAAAAUUCUCACAGAGACGACAAAUUAAAGGUUUUCAUGAGAUUUAAACGUGAUGAGAUGAAAACAUCACUAGAAAGAAAAGGAGACAUAAUAUCAUUUUAAAGAAAUUAUUUUCUUUUUUUGGCACUGCUGUUGCAUCCUAUCAAGAACAUGUAAUUUAACUUAAAACCUGGAUUUCUGUCAUUCUUUUGUCAAGACUUUUCUCUGCCGUGAUCCAGUAAAAUAGUACAAUUGAUGAUAAGUAAGUGUAGCACUGCCUUGUAUGCAGCCCACAGCAUCUUAACUAUAUCCUGUACCACUGAAGAACAACACUGUCACAUCAUCUCUCUGUAUCUAUCUUUUAGGUUGGGCUCAGUGUUUCUCUGGGACCACCGGUGGGUCAAACUUCUCUGCACAAAUAUCCAUAUUGUAUGUGUGAUAAUGUACAGUAAUUAUGCACAUUUAGUGGAGUAUUUGACCACUAGUAGCACUAUGGUGUGAUGUUUAUAUCCCUGAGUCACCAUUUCACAAGCACCCGGGUGACGUUAUACACCAUUCUGUUGCUUGUUUCAUGCUGAUCUGCUGAUGCGUGGUGGUCUGUCAGCAAAGAAGCGUUGAAAUGUGCCAACCAGGAAGGGAAGACGAGGGCUGCUAACACGGAUGCAAACAAUGCAGGAUAUUUAAAUAAGCUGUUUUAUGAGAAAAGGAAAUGCAUUCGACACAUUUGUUUAAACUAGGUGAUGCAUUUCGGUAAGUCACACUUUUGUCUGACUAAAAGGAAAAACUCCACAUGGCACCUUUUUUUAAACCUGAAACUUUGUGUUCUAGAUAACUGAAGGAGGUGCUGAUCUUUUCUCUCACAUUUGCUAAGUACUCAAUCAAAACUGGUUUAAAUCAGGACAGUUUUGCUAAAAGUAAAAAAAUGAUGUUUCUUCUAUGGCUUGAAGCUCUAAAUGCUUAAAAUAUCUCAGGUGCUGUCGAGAAUUCACAAGUACAAGCUUUUCAUUGACAAUAGCACGAAAAGAAAAAAAAAAAAAGAGGCCAGUGCUGGCCAGGUAGGUUUGCUCCUUCAUCAAACACACUUUUAAAUGGCUCCAUUCUCUUCCCUUCGAAUCAUCCACAAUCAGGAUCAAUUCAUCUUAUUGUACUUCAAGGCUGUGAAUCAGAGCAAGCAAAGGAAGUGGGUUUACUUCAUUGAGAUGCAGCCAAAGUGUUUUCUCUUGCAGUAUGCCAUGUUUAUUCUCGCGUACUUUUCUGUCCUUGCCUUAGUCAGCAGUCAGGCCUUAUCUAUCAGUGUCACAGCAAAGAGAGGCUGAACAAUAAAGUACAGUUUGUACAGUA